GGUCAUGUAGCUAGCUAGCAACACCUCGCAACGGAGAGAGCUUGGUAUGUCGUAGUUACUAGUUAAAUUGAUUACUUCACACAGGCUGUAGCGCUUUGUGUAGCAUAAUACUCACAUUGUUAUCUUUAAACUUGAUGUUAUCUUUAUCAGCGAGACUCUUGGAAGAAGAGCUAUUGUUUCUCAGCUAGCCGUUUGAACUUAACGACAGUUGCUAAAGUCAGUUUGCCAGUCUAGGAAACAUGAACUGAUUAGCUUAAUUAGGCUACAACCAGGCGAGUUAGCAACACAACAUCAGCUGUAUGCGGUCUGAUAAACGAUUUCUAGGAUGGCGGGGGAGAGGAGCAAAGAGGACAUAGUUGCAGAAUACCUGGGCCAGAACCCGCAUCUGGCCCAAUGGGUCGAAACUUUCAGGACCUACUGUGAGAGCAACAAGCAGUGGAGCGCUCGAAGAGAGUUCAUCCUGAGAAACAUGGAGGCUUUCCCUACCGUGGAGCCUGGAGUCCCCAGCAGCAGUCUGGACAGGCUGCUGUCUCUGUCCAUGGUCUGGGCCAAUCACGUGUUCCUCGGCUGCAGCUAUCCACAGGCUGUCAUGGACAAGAUCAAGGAUAUGGGUGAGGGGAUAGUUGUUGAAGAUGCUCCAGUUCACAAAACGACAAAAGAUGGAAUCCUGGCCAGAGGAAAGAGGAGUGCCCCAGCUGAAGGUGAUGCUGAUGGCUGUUUGAAAAGAGCCAAAUGUGGAGCUAAUGAGCUCGACGGUCGACCUACAGGGAGAACAGCUACGCGGCCUGCGAGUCAGAAAUCAGGACCUCCUCCACAGGCUCCAGCAGAGCACCAGCCCUUCUUCAACCGCCUCUACAAGGCCGUGGCCUGGAAGUUGGUGUCCGCAGGGGGGUUUGGUCCAAACUUGGACCAUUUUGAAAUACUUCGCAGCUGUGUAGAGUCAUGUAAAGAGACCCUGACCUGUGUGUUUGUGCCACUGAAGGACAUCGCUGGCCUCCCUGCAGGUCGCACACAGAAGGAAGGCCACGUGUGUGAGAUCCGCUGUCAGAAUGUUUACAUGGGGACAGGAUACGGGCGUGAUGAGUCUGCUGCCAAAGCCAUGGCUUCCAAAGAGGCCCUAAAAGUCUUUCAGGGGCGAAAAGUGACAGUAAAGAUCUGCAGACGGAGAUACAAAGGGAAAGACGUGGAGGAUGUGAUGCUGUUGGACGAGCAGCCUCGGAGUCAGGGCUUUCCUCCUGCACUCAGCUACCCUUUUCAGGACGAGCAGCUGGAAGAAGGUUCGUCAUAGAGCAGACAGUUUGUGACGUUUGCCCUGCUGUGAUGCCUGUUGGGAGCAAAGACAAGUGACAUUUACUUAAUGGGAAACUUUGGUGUUUUCAGCCUGGACCCUGUUGUCCCAGGGUUGUGUGUCUAAAUGACUAAUAGAGACAACAAUUUAAAAAAUUGGUUGAGUAUUGAGCGUGAGCGCUGUAGACGAAAAACGGGCUGCAAGGGCAAUUGUGCACUUUCAGUGUUCAUCCACUAAUAGUGCUUGUUUUUGCCACUGAUAGGCUUAGCUUGUUCUUUCUAAGUGUCUGAGAGCGUCAUGGAAAGACACACAGAAAAGAAAAUGUUUUCUUUCCCUUUCUCUACAACUUGGGCAUUCAUUCUCUGUGGGCAGAGGGUCUCAGCACCCACAGGAACACCAGCUCUCUCCUGGGCUUCACAACCUUGCAGCAGCUUGUCACACUUUGUCUGCUGCCCUUUUCUCUCUCUUUUCCUGUCUUCUUCAUCUGUAAACUCUGGGUCAAAUAACUACUGGCCAUUAAAUUCAAAGGCCUUAUCCACAUUGUCAAAAUCAGCUAAAUAUGUGAUCUAAAAUACUCAACUACAGUCCGUAAUGUUCAGAUUCUUAUAAUAACAAUCUAAGUUUGUCAGUAGAAAAUAGAGUACUUUUAGUGCACAUAUAUUGCCAAUGCAUGAUUGCCUGUGAAGCCUGUGGCUGCUCAUUCAAUACUGGACAAAUUUGUAAAAAAAAAACAAAAAAAACGUGUCACUCAGACAGAAAAACCUGGUGAAAUAGUGUCCAGGUUGAAACGUUUCCCUUUAAUGGAGCUACUGAAGGAAUUCAUGACCGUGUCGGGACCAGACUGUUAUGCAGCUGCACAUCAUUAACUAGACUUCGGAAACAUUGACUCACAUAGAGCGUUAACUAUCUCAGUGCAUUUUCCUCAAUACUUUGGUAUCAAAAAACAGGUGGCUCAUUGUGAGACAAAUAUCUGGGAUACAUCACAUAAACAACCGGAAUUAAUCUUAUACUGUACUGAAGCGUGGAGAUGGAGCAUGUGCCAUCAUUAAAAAUCAAACAGCCACAAACUGGCAAAAAGCUCAACUGCCAGAAGAGUUAAAAAGGAAGGAAAGAUUAAAUGCCACCUGGGUGUUGUAGGAGAAUGAGUUGGUUUAUAUUGAUGUGAUUACAAAUUUUUUUUUGGCCAUCAGAUUAGGAGUAGAGUGUGUAUAUUUCCCUUUUUGUUCAUUCCUGUCGUGACGGGUUUUCGUUUUGGUGAUUUAAUGAGUGUAACUGGCUGCAGCAGUCCAAAAGACAGUGGCUUUUUGGUUUGGUUAGAAUCCCACUGAUCAGUUACAAGGGAAACAAAAGUCACACAGACAAACCAAUAACUUGUCUUUUUAUCGUUUUGAUUAUCACUCUGCCAGGGUCCACAUUUACAACAGGAUAGAAAAAUAAAAGAUAAAACAGUCACUGCAACUUUUUCUAAACAUGAUGGAUUUGUCUUCAGUGUUCAUACCCGUUAAGAACACAUACAAAUACAUGAAUAUGAGGUUUAAUCCAGACUUUAUUUUGGAUAUUAUUUUUCAUGUGACUGUUGGAUGUGAAAUGUAAACGUUUUUUUCCCCUAAUUGUACCCAAUCAACUCUGAAUUUUACAAAUGUUUCUGUAAGAGGUUGGGAUUGUGUUUUCUGAUGACCCAAACUUCAGCUGUUAAAGAGCAGGACACGACCUCACUGAAGUUAUUUGGUGGCCCCCAUGUUUGAUUCUCACUUUUCACGCUUUUAGAGAUGACUACACGCUGAGUUUCUGCAAACAAAGUAUUAGGGCUGUCCUCGACUUAGUCAGUCUUUGAUUUUGUCAAAAAUUAUCACCACUUUAAAUCUUGUGUUUCCCAAUUAAGUGUGCAGAAAAAAAGGCAGAAAAAGUUGACUAAGACCAAAAAAAACAAUUAGUCGACUAAUGCACUAAAGGGGGCAGCCCUACAGAGUGUUUGAGUUCCUACAGUAUGUUUCAAAUUAAUUUGAGGUGUACUUUAUUGUUUUCAGCUUUUGUGUUCUUCUUAAAUACACGGCCACCUACAGUACCCAUCGUUCUGUACACAAGUACUAAAGGCUACUGCUUUUUAAUUUCCUUCCAUUAUUUUACUUCACUGAUUAAAGAAACACACCGAGACCCUCACUAUGUUGAAAAUGUUGUCACAGUUUUCUUUGCACACAGUUUGAUCCAGCGUGUGCAGUUACGAUGUGUUUGAGGGUGAAGUGCUGCUGUGAUGUGUGAUUUUCUUUUCUCCAGUUUGGGUUGAAGGUGAACAGGGUUGCAUUGAAGUGUGAGUAUCCACACUGUUCCAUGUUACUGUAUGUUUUACACCAGUGGUCCUGUUUCUAUAUAUUGUUUAAAUAAACAUAAUUUAACCGAG